AUGCUAAAUUCUGUGAAAACAGUAAUAAAAGUAAAAGAUUAAGAUUUAUUAAGAUACAAAAUAAAAGUAAAUUCACUUAAAAACGAAAAUUUAAGCUUAUUGAAUGAAACUACACCUAAUUCAUAAAGUAAUAGAUUAAAAUCAUAAAAAUAAUUAGAUUAAAACAGUAGAAAUACAGUUACAAAGUUAAAAAAAUAAGUAUAAAAUCAGUAAUAUGUUGUAAACUAUUAAACUUAGAAUAAAUAAUAUGAAAAUUUAUAAAACAAUUAUUAAGAAAUGCCAAGUAUAAUUGAAAAGAAGAAUAAUUAUGAUGAGCAAAUGAGCGAAAUAUUUUCUAAAAAUGAAUUAAGUCUGCGAAAAAUAAAUGAGGAUACAGAUAAUUACUUAAAAAAUAAUGAUAAAGUUUUAGAAAAUCAAAAUGAAGAAGUUUAAAGUAGUGAGGAAUAAAUUAAAAAUAAAAAAACUAAAAUAAAUAUAGGUUAAAUUAAAAUUUUAAAAUAAAAUAUUUAAUAAAACUAAAUAAAGUUAAAAAAAAAAAUUCUAAAGAAAAUAUAUAGCUGAAAAAUUAAAUUUAAGGACAAAAUGAUGAACAUAAUUAAAAAGAUUAAGUUAAAGAAUAAGUCAAAGAGAAAUUAAAAAAAAAAUAUAAUGAAAAAGAAGAAGAAGAAGAAG